GCUUUGGGGCUCUCUCCAUUUUGGGGCCCUCGGCCAGCUCGCGGCGUCCGUCUAGCUCUGAGAGUGACUUUGGGUUUCCAGGUCGUCGGAUCGGUGACGAAUCAAAUGGAACUCUCAUAAAAGAGAGUUUAGUUCAACUGAGAUGCCACUUUACAUGGGAGUUGCAAAUUCAAGACACUGAAAUGACUGACUUAGAAAACAGGGUCUUUGAUCAGAUGGACUAUCUAGACGUCCAGUGCGAUGUGGAAAUGCACAACCUACUGGCUUACAUGAAACACCUCAAAGGCCAGCAUGAGGAAGCCCUGACAAACUUGAAAGAAGCUGAAGACUUAAUCCAGCAAGAAUAUGUCAAUCAUUCGUAUGUGAGAAGUCUGGUUACUUGGGGCAACUAUGCCUGGCUCUACUACCACAUGGGCAGACAGGCAGAAGCCCAGGCUUACCUGGACAAGGUAGAGAACACUUGCAAGGAGCUUGCAAGUCCCUCCAGGUAUACACUGGCGUGUCCUGAGAUGUACUGUCAAGAAGGAUGGGCUUUGCUAAAAUGUGGAGGACUUCAUUAUGAACGGGCCAAGGCCUGUUUUGAGCAGGCUCUGAAAGUGGACCAUGCAAACUCUGAAUCCAGCACUGGGUAUGCAAUCACCAUGUAUCGCCUGGAUAACAUUAGAAAAACAGGACAUACAAGUCUGCGCCACCUGAAACAUGCCAUCAGGCUAAACCCAGAAAAUGUGUAUCUUAAGGCUCUCCUUGCCCUGAAGCUUCAGGAGACAGGACAAGAAGCUGAAGGAGAAGUGUGCAUUCAAGAAGCACUGACCAACAUGUCCUCUCACGUCUACGUCCUUCGGUACGCAGCCAAGUUUUACCGAAGAAAAGGUGAUGUGAAUAAAGCUAUUCAGCUCCUAAAAGAAGCCUUGAAAACAACACCCGAUUCUUCCUUCCUGCACCACCAGAUAGGACUUUGCUACAAGUCACAAAUAUUCCAAAACAACAACGCUACAACCUGGAGGCAUAGAGGACAGCCUAGAGAAAAUGUUGAAAAAUUAACAAGAUUAGUCAUAUAUCAUUUGGAAUAUGCUGUGAAAAUAAAGCCUACUUUUGUGCUUGCUUAUGUACACCUGGCAAAUAUGUAUGCAGAAGCAGGUAGCCACAGCAAAGCUGAAGACAUCUAUCAGAAACUGUUAGGCAUAAACUCAUGCACAGAAGAAGAACGGCUAACGAUACAUUUCAACUAUGGCAGAUUUCAAGAACAUCACAAAAAAUCAGAAGUCGACGCACUUGUCCAUUAUUUAAAAGCAAUAAAAGUAGGAAAGAUAUCAUAUAUUUGGGAUAAAAGUAUCAGUUCUUUAAAUAAAUUGGCUUUAAAGAAACUCAGAAAUAACAAAUUAGACCUGGAAAGCUUGAGCAUCCUUGGGUACAGCUACAAAUUGCAAGGAGACUUGGACAAGGCCUUACAGUAUUAUGAGCAAGCCCUGGGUCUGGCUGCUGGCCUUGAGAACUCUGAGGGAUAUUGACCCCAGGCACUGAAAUCUUAGGGACCACUUGCAUACUUCACUUAAUUUUAGGUUAACAUGUACUAAUCUUUUCUGCUCGUAGCUUUUAGAGAUAUGUUCCAUGCACUGUAAAGUUGCAAUAUUUGAACAAUUACUAAAACUUGAUAAAAUAUUAGUUGUAUUCAGAAAAAAAGUGAAACAGAAUGUCUUUAUAUCUGUUUGUGAGCUAUUUAGUAAAAAACAGUCUGUUGAUUAUAUUUGUAGCAAAUAAAACA